CAUCAGCUGGUUCGCCGAGUUGAGUUGCUCACCGUUCGUCGGCUGCGAGGGUGGCACAAAAGUUUUUCCUCGCUUUUCCCAAUCAAAAUUUUUACCCCUCGCAUCAACAACAGCAUCAACAUCAGCAGGAGCAGCAGUGAUAUACAUAUUGGUGUGAAAAGUUUUUCCAAAACUUCCGGUUUUCGUUGUUUUUCGGCAAUCUGGAAACUUUUGUUCAAAUCUACGGGUUCGAAUUACGCGUUUUCCGGGGUUAAAGCCAAGCGGACAGGAUGCCGAGCGCUCGGAGGAUGAUCCUGGGCCAUGUCAUGUCCGGGCUGUGCAGCAAAAUGAACCGGACCAAGCAGCUGCCGGCCGAUCUGAUGGAAACUCCGCUGAAUCGUUGCCUCAAUACGUUCGAUAUUACACUGCUCGGAAUCGGACACAUGGUGGGUGCUGGCAUCUACGUGUUGACCGGAACGGUGGCCCACGAAAUGGCAGGCCCCGGCAUCGUGUUGUCGUUUGUGCUGGCCGGUGCCGUUUCGAUGCUGGCCGCCCUUUGCUACGCGGAAUUUGGAACACGUGUUCCUAAGGCUGGCUCCGCGUAUGUUUACACGUACGUUUCCAUUGGCGAAUUUUGGGCUUUCGUGAUAGGAUGGAAUAUCAUUCUGGAACACAUGUUGGGAGCGGCGUCCGUUGCUCGGGCCUGGAGUGGAUACGUGGAUUCGAUGUUCGGGAAUAUCGUGGCUAAUACAACAAUGGAGCUGACUGGGGAGAUGCAUGAGCAGUUGCUGGCCAAGUAUCCGGAUUUUCUGGCAUUUGCCGUCUGCAUUGCCUACGCCAUAGCGUUGGCUACCGGAGUGAAGGCUACGGCCAUGAUCAACAGUAUUUUGACAACGGUGAACGUCGUGGUCAUGGGACUGGUAGUUGUGCUUGGAUUUUGGUACGCUGAUGUAGGAAAUUGGUCUAUGCCGGAGCAGGGGUUUUUACCGUUCGGAUUUGGAGGUGUUUUGGCGGGUGCAGCGACAUGCUUCUACGCCUUCGUUGGAUUUGACAGUAUUGCUACCUCUGGAGAGGAGGCUAAGAAUCCCAACGUGUCCAUCCCGUUGGCUACGAUUUUAUCCCUAUGUAUUGUAACCGUAGGUUAUGUGCUAGUUAGCGCUGCUCUUACUCUUAUGAUACCAUUCAACGAAAUAAACCCGGCGGCCGCUCUUCCGGAUGCAUUCGGUACCCGCGGGAUUGCCUGGGCUAAAUACGCUAUCUCAACCGGUGCCAUUUGCGGUAUGACAACUACCCUGCUCGGAUCGCUGUUCGCUCUUCCCAGAUGCCUAUACGCCAUGGCCAGCGAUGGGUUGAUUUUCUCCUGCUUUGGUAAAGUCAACACCAAAACUCAGGUACCGCUGCUCAACUUGGCCAUUUCCGGUAUCUGCUCUGCAUUGCUAGCCCUCAUAUUCGAUCUGGAAAAGCUGGUCGAAUUCAUGUCGAUCGGAACCCUCCUGGCAUACACGAUUGUCAGUGCCAGUGUGAUCGUGCUGCGCUAUCGACCGAUUGCCGUAGAGGAAACCGUUCAUCUGGCUCCGGAUACUCCGGGAACCGACGAAGAGGAAGGUGCAUCGUCGUCGUCACAAUCCAGUGCCAUUGAUCCUUCCUCGCCGACUAGCGAGAUGAUCGAGAUAGCUCUGGCGGGUAGGCUACGGCCUCAGUUCCGCUGGCUGGAACCCGUUCUCGGACGCUGCGAGCCAGGAGUUGCCUGUUCCGGAGCGGUGCUGCUGUUUUGUGUGCUUAGCGUGGCCAUUUGCUUCCAGUUUAAGGCCUCCUGGGAACAGCUGUACAGUGGAACCUGGUGGGCGCUGGGCUUGUACGGAUUCUUGCUGUUCUGUUUGGUUGCAUGUAUCGUAGUGAUUUCCGCGCACCAUCAGAACACCCGGGGACUCCAGUUCAAGGUUCCGCUGGUGCCGUAUAUUCCGGCCCUCAGCAUAUUCUGCAACAUCGAGCUGAUGGUCCAUCUGAGCUUCCUGACGUGGUUGCGGUUCUUCAUUUGGCUCUCAAUCGGGAUGCUGGUGUACUUCCUGUACGGAAUCCGCAACAGCAAGGAGGGUGAGUUCGGCACUUCCUACUCGAUGCUGAUGUCCACCCAGGAAGCGAUCCGCGGCUGGGGCGCAACUAAUUCGGCUGGAUUGAACACCGGAACGCGGGUCACCGUUACCAAGAUCGUCAAGGGUCGCGUCAGUCGUAAAAGUAUCGACAAGAAGGCUAUCAUCGACGAUGACGAUGAUGAUUCAUAAACGGGUUACACAAAUUAAAGCAAUUUAUAAAGUUUAAAGAGUCAACACAAGAUUAUGUUAAAUACGCUCUUAAGCGUGUCUUUGGGUCUUUGACAUAUUUUAUCUCUGUUAAAGUGAAACUGUUGAAAGUUUUACUUCUUAAAUAUGAUUAGCUCAAAUUAGUUAAAUUUAAAUCCACAACAUUAUAGACUAUCUUUUCUCAAAUUAUUUGAAAGCUAACUGAUUAUAAAUCCUUAUUAUUUUAAGUUAUCUACGUACAAAAAAGUAUCAGUUUCUUCCUAUCAGAAUCAGUCAAUGCAUUUACGUAAGUAUUUCAAUGAUAGACACAAACCAUGCUAGAUUAACUAUAUAGAAAAUAAAGGAUUACAAGUAACAAUAACAGAAAAUAAUCGAACCAUAAUUGCAUUGGAAUCACUCUGUGUUUUGAAAACUACCGGUAAGCUCUGUAUAAGAAGGACUAAACACACAACAAUAAACUAUUAUAUAUUACCUGCUGUUGGAGGCAAGCUUUCUAUGGAUCUUUAUUUUAUGUUGAACUAGGAGUCUGAACUCGAUAGGAUUAAAUUAUUUAGACAAAAAAAAACAGAACAUAUUCAUAUAUAUAUUAUAUACAAACUUACAAAUGCAACCAAUUAUAUACAUAUAUUUAUCAAACAGUAAAUGUAAGUAACAGUGCAUCCGAAUCAAACACAAAAUUCAAAUUCCAAAUUGUCACACAAUUACAACACAAACAUAUGAUGAACACAUUAAUGAAAUACAAAAACUCAUCGCAAGUUAAUCCCAGCGAAAUAUGAUUAUGUGCUAGUAAACGUUUAUGGAAAAUUGAAAACCAAACAUGUGGAUCAAAAUCAAACCAAAGGAAAGAUGGUGACGACGAGUAUUAUAUUAUUGAUGAUCAAUUAGUAGACGAUAUCCUACAAAAAAUAAAAAGAAAGAAAAAAAUCCGCAGAUAAUGGGUAGUAUUUGUAUUAUUCUUAAGAUUGGUAUAAAUUGGGAUCUGUUUGGCGACUAACCGCGCCACUCACUCUUUGGAAGUCAUCCAUCUUUUACUGUCUACAGCAGCAAACAUAAACAACAUAAACAAAAGUGAUUGUUAAAGUUAAUAUACUACCUAACUACCUUUUAGUGCACAUUGGAACGCACCAUAAUGGUCGAAACCUUGACAACAUCACAAAUAUAGAUAAAAUC